CUCUCUCUCGCUCUCUCCCUACUGUAAUGUACUUGUUUGCAUAGAUAAUCUAUAUAGUUACAUAGAACUAGAUAUAAAGCACCGAACUGUAUGAGGUAGUUGUGGGUAGAACCAAAAACUAGGGUUUCAUCCAAAUCAGGUUUCACAGUUCCCGGAACUCUUCUAUUUCACCAGAGACAAUUCGAGUUCUUAAAUUUUCUGGGAACCGAAACUAGGGUUUCAUCCAAAUCAGGUUUCACACUUCCCACUACUCUUCUAUUUCACCAGAGACAAUUCGAGUUCUUAAAUUUGCUGGGAACAGAAACUAGGGUUUCAUCCAAAUCAGGUUUCACAGCUCCCACUACUCUUCUAUUUCACCAGAGACAAUUCAAGUUCUUAAAUUUGCUGGGAACAAAAACUAGGGUUUCAUCCAAAUCAGAAGUUGCUCUGUAGAGCUGAAACCAUGGAUAUCAAACCUGCUAAGAAAAAGAGCAACGACUCAGAUGAUCUGGCUUCCCGCCGGUCAUCGCGCCGUCGAGGGCCUCCGAAGUCACCUUUGGAUGAAGAUUUUGUUCGUCCAGGGCAAGUUCAGAAAACUCUAGGCAGCAACAGCAACAAGAAGGCGAAGAAGGAAGAAUGUUCAACUGAAACCACCACCCCAAGUUCAGGUGCUGACCCCACGGUUGCCCUACUGGAGUUGGCGGCGAGUGUCUCACAAUCGCCAGUGAAAGUGUGUGAAGGGGAUGAUACCGUAUGUGAAGCCCACGCACCGGUUUUGACGGACAUCCAGUCGUGUGGGGUGGGAGACGGCCAGGUUGACAAGGAUGCUGCUGGUGAUGAGGACACUGUGUCAAAGCACCCGAGUAACCCUAGUGUUUCUACUGGAGCUACGGACCCGAGUGAGGGGAAAUUGAAAAGUUCCAGGUUGAUUGAUUAUGCUAGCAGUGAGAAGAGAUCUCAAAUUCUGGCCUCUUCUUGUGCUGCCCCAUCUGCAUCUUCCUCAUUGGCUAUGUCGAAGAAGCGGGUGUGGAUAUGGACUGAGAACAAACAAGUCAUGACGGCUGCCGUAGAGAGAGGCUGGAACACAUUCGUCUUCUCCUCCCAAUGUCGCGCCCUUGCUAGUGAAUGGUCUUCUAUGGCAAUGAUAUAUCCUCUGUUUAUAGAAAAAGGAGAGCUUUUAGAUAGUGACUGCAGAAGAGUUGCCACUUUUUCUGAGAUUUCUUCUCCCGAACAAUUAGAGAGGCUUCAACCAGAGGAUGAACAAGCAGAGAUUGUUAUUGUCAAUUUACUGGAUUGGCAGGUGAUACCUGCCGAGAAUAUUGUUGCAGCUUUUCAAAGCAGUCAAAAAACAGUAUUUGCCAUCUCAAAAACCUCCACUGAAGCUCAAAUUUUCCUCGAGGCCUUGGAAUUGGGUCUAGGUGGAGUUGUUUUGAAAGUUGAGGAUGUGAAGGCUGUCCUUGAGCUGAAGGACUAUUUUGACAGAAGAAAUGAAGCAAGCAAUAUGUUGGAUUUGACAAAAGCUACUGUAACUCAAGUUCAAAUGGCCGGAAUGGGUGAUCGAGUUUGCGUGGAUCUCUGUAGCCUCCUGAGACCUGGUGAAGGACUUCUGGUUGGAUCCUUUGCUAGAGGGCUAUUCCUUGUUCAUUCAGAAUGCUUGGAAUCCAAUUAUAUUUCCAGCAGGCCUUUCCGAGUCAAUGCGGGGCCUGUGCACGCGUAUGUUGCUGUUCCUGGAGGAAAAACCUGCUACCUUUCAGAGUUGAAAGCAGGCAAAGAGGUAAUCGUUGUCGAUCAAAAUGGUAGCCAACGAAGUGCAAUUGUUGGGCGUGUGAAGAUUGAAACCCGACCACUAAUCCUCGUGGAGGGAAAGACUGAUUCAGAUGAUCCCACUGUGUAUAGCAUCCUUCUUCAGAAUGCCGAAACAGUUCCCUUAGUCUCUGCCCAACGAGGAAAUGGAUAUCAAAGUAAAGCAAUACCUGUGACUUCACUCAAAGUUGGUGAUGAAGUUAUGCUGAGGAUACAGGGCGGUGCUCGGCACACGGGAAUUGAAAUCCAAGAAUUCAUUGUAGAGAAAUGAACAAGCUAGGCUAAACAUUGUACCAUAUGGAACUCUCCUUCGUUGUGUACCGUAAUCAAAUAUUCAAAUGAAUGAACAUGUGUAGCCGAGCCCUUUCCUGGUCUUGAAUUAUUUCUCAGACUUAAAAAGGCA